AAACAUCAACGGCAACUGACUGACAGCCCCCAAUUCCCCUUCUCCUUUCUUCUCACAGCCCUACGUCUACGUGCCCCCGUCUCCUGGAACCUCGACGGCUUUCAUAUCUCCCUCGAUUCUCUCCUUGCUUUCCUCUCAGUCUCGCUUCGUCGAUCUGCUUGGUAUUCUAUUCCAUCUCUUUUCAGUCCUCGCUCUAUCUCUCUUUCUCUCUCUGUUUUCUUGCCCCAAAAAUUAUAUGCUUAGUCUCUCCACCUUCACCUGAAUUGGAUUUGGAAGGUGUCUAGAUUCUGUCAGGAGUAAUCUCUGGAGUUUCAUCUUAAAGCAUUUGAUGAGAUGCAAGCUGAUUCGAUUGUUGAUGCAAAUUGCCCUGAUGAAGGAUGUGUUCAACCAUCUGUUGACCUUGCAACAGAAAUGCUGCCUUGCGAUUCGCAGAUCUCAAUUUCUGAUGAUGUCCAAAAUGGAACAACUGAUGACGUCUCGACUGCAAAAAGCAGUCCAAAAUCUCCUACUUCAGAAAACGUGAAUGAUCUGAAGUCAGGUGAAACAAAUGACAACUUGACUGGUGAAUCUCCCAAGUCCACGCCUGAUACAAAAAUGAAGAAAAUAAUAACGAAGGUGCCUCAUUUGGAAUUUAACUUCUCUGUAGUUGGCACGCCAAGGGUUCACAACCCCGUAGGAAAAUCAACUUCAAUGGCCAGGCAAAAACAACCUGUCUUACCCCCUACUAACUCCCGCCAAAAUGGAAGGACACAGAGUAUAGAUGACAAACCCGUGGUAAGAGAUAAAUUAACCUGCAACCCAGGACAUGAAAAGUCACGAGAACUAACUCAUGGCCAUUUAUUAGCUAGCCAACAACGAAAUGUACAUCCCCCUACUGGCUGCCAGCCAACUAGGAGAGCACAGAGUAGACCCAUGUCAAGAGACAAAUUAAAUUGGAAUGCAAAGCUUGAAAAGUCACCAGAAUUACCUAGUGCUCUUGCAUUAGCUGACCAAAAACCUGUUAUUCUCCCUCGUGAUUCCCAGCUAACUAGGAGAGACCUGAGUAUGAGUGACAAAACUAUGUCAAAAGACAAAUUAAGUUGGAGCAAUGAACCUGAAAUGUCAGCAGAACUAAUUCGUGGUCCUAGGUGUUAUGAUAGGAACUUUCAAUCAGAGCCAUCAUCUGCUAAGCAAACGUUUAGUUUUACAGUCUCUAGAGAUAAAUAUAACCUUCCUGAAUUUCGGACUCAAUAUGAAAAUGCUAAUUUCUAUGUGAUUAAAUCUUUUAAUGAAGAUGAUAUCCACAAGUCCAUUAAAUAUAAUGUUUGGACAAGUACUUCAUAUGGAAAUAAGAAGCUGAACGCAGCUUUCCUAGAUGCUGAAGCUAAAUCAAGUGAGACAGGAAAGAAGUGCCCAGUAUUCCUCUUCUUCUCUGUCAAUGGUAGUGGACAGUUCGUUGGAGUAGCUGAGAUGAUUGGACCAGUAGAUUUCAACAAAGACAUGAGGUUCUGGAAAGGGAAAAAAUACUAUGGUUUCUUCCCAAUCAGGUGGCACAUAAUUAAGGACGUACCCAACACCCAGUUUCGGUACAUUAUACUUCCAAACAAUGAUAACCAGCCUGUGACUUACAGUAGGGAUACACAAGAGGUUGGACUAAAGCAAGGCAUAGAAAUGCUCAAUAUUUUCAAGAGGUACUUAGCAAAAACAUCUUUGCUAGACGAUUAUGACUUCUAUGCCAAUCGAGAUCCGAAGAAAGGUGUCUCCUGCUCAAAGCAAUGUUAAGCACACGACUGUACAAAGGAAUCAUACUUCUACGACUACUAAAUGAUUACAGAGAGAGCUAAGGUUAAAUCAGGUGGCUUCAAUCCAGAUGCUAAUGCAUUUUUUCUCUGCAUUUUACUGAGAAUCUCUCUCUUAAUCCCUGUGGUGAAGGAGAUCUUCAUAGGCCUAAACAAAAUAUAAAAUUAAAUUUAAAAAGAAACAAAGGAGGAGGAGGAGGAGGAAGAAGAAGAAGAAGACCUUCGAUUUCUGCUCAGAAGGCAUCUUAAGAAUGUUGUAGAUUAGUUUGUUUUAUAUGAUCCUAGCGUUGCCCCCUCUUUUGCAGUCUUCUAUAUUUAUGUUAUCUUUUUACUUGUAAAAAUAAGGUUGAAUAGAAUAAUAAGUUCAAGUUCCGUGUGUUGAGUGGCAUGAUAAGUUAUUAGGUUCAAGCUUCUCUUUUCUCAGGCAAAAUUAGAAUAAAAAAGUCAAAUAGUGGGAAACAAAUUCCUGUAAGUAUGAAUAAAUGUUGCAAAAAUAUUUUUGGAUUAUAUUGCUUAUUUGUUUGAAUUGUAGGAUAGCAUCUUUUGAUUCCUA